GAGGGAGACAGUCUCCGCUAAGUGGAAAGUGUCUGAGACGCUUUAAAACAGGCUGUUCACUAAGCACACUCAUUUAAAGAAACUUCCAGAAGACAACAGAAAACUUAAAGUUUUUUGACUUCUAUAUCUCAAUCUUACUUUACUUUUAAUACAAAAAACAAUUUGUAAAUAGUAUCACCAUAUAAAGUAAAUUACGCAACUCUGUUUACAACUGUCCACGCACUCUUGCGCAAGUUGUUUAAACAAAUUGGGUUUAAUAAAGUGAGCUUAUUCAGUUUAAUUUCAUCUAUUGUUGCCAUCUUUGUGAAGACGGUUUUUUUUAGUGUUUAGAGGCAUUUUGCCUUUUUUCAGGCGUAUUUGUAGCCAGUUUAUAGUUCACUCACAUUUUUAAUCAGAUCUGUAAAGGAGCCUUUGAAGAUAAUUUGGGUCUAUAAGGAAAAACAAUUCUUGUGAGUUGCUUGCCUGUUAACACCAAGAUAAACAUAUUCCCGAUGUUGGAGGCGGACUCCCUGAAGGACCCCUGAGAGCCUGGAGGCAAAGCGGGCUGUGAUUGUUGUCUGGCCAUUCAUUUCUUGGAGGGGAGGAGUUAGCGAAGCCAGAGAGGGGUCAUAACAAAAUGUGUGUCCCCGACUAACAGAAACAUUAUUUCCGCCCUGGUCCGGUGCCGUCCCGAACAUCCUUGUGAUCCGGGAGCGUAUAAAUGGACGAUAAAGCGGCGCUGAGCUGAUUGUUGUGACUGACAGCCGCUCUGCUCCGUCUGCUCUCCACUCCUCACAGUCUGAACCCAAGCAGAGGAUGGAUGGAAACUUUUCACCGGCUGCUUUCUUGUCAGGAAUCCUGUUAAUAAGCGUCUUGUUGUCCUCUACAGCUGCCUUUCUGGAGCCUUACGACCUUCUCUACGACAACGCGGUACAGGCUUUUUACAACAAUGACUAUGCAAACGUGGUGCGCUUCAUGGAGGGAGCGCUCAGCAGCUACACGGAGGUCCGCCGCUCCAAGGUCCGCUGCCGGCUGAGGUGCCAGGACCAGCACCCGUUAGAUGAAACCUUCUCGGAUCUGCGCUUCUUCGACGUGGUGCUCCGGAGGGCUGCGUGUAUGAACACAUGCAUAGAUGAGAAACUCGGCUCACAGUCUGUGCACAAAGUCAGCGAGGAUGUAGUGCAGGACUUCCAAAGGCGGAUCCCCUACAACUAUCUGCAGCUGGCUUAUCAGAAGUUGAAGCAGCCUGACAAGGCAGCAGCAGCGGCUCACACGUAUUUUCAGGCCAAUCCAGAACAUGUGGAGAUGGGUCAGAACCUGGAGCAGUACAAAGACCUGCAGGGGGUCAAAGAGGACCACUUUGUGGACCGAGAAGCCCGUCCUCACCAGCGCUCCUUCACUGCAGCAGUGAGGUUAUACGAUCAAGGAGACUACGAGGGAGCUAUCGCUCUGUUUGAGGAGGCACUGGUGGAGUACUACAAAGCAGAUGUGGAGUGUCGGGCCCUGUGCCAAGGGCCGCAGAGGUUUGAGGGCCACGAUCACCUUCGCUACCGCUACAGCCUCCAUGAACUCAUAUCAGAUCACUUCACUCAGGUGCUGCACUGUGAACAUGAGUGUGUGAGAGAGCUCGCCACCCGGCCAGGCCGCCUCUCACCCAUGGAGAACUACCUGCCUCUGCACUACGACUACCUCCAGUUCGCCUAUUACCAGGUGGAAAUGCUGGAGGAGGCUCUGCAGUGCGCUCUGACCUACCUGUUAUACCAUGAGGGAGACGAGUUCAUGGCGGACAACGUGGAUUACUACAGAGAGAUGCUGGGACAUGACGGCAGGCCACGAGAGAGAGCUGCAUGGUACCUGAGGAGGCACAAACAGGAGCUGGAGCUGCUUCUGAUUGGCAGCACAACCAUGGGUGUGGGAUUCACUGAAGGGAAUUACUGGGGCAACACAGGCGGAAGAGACGACUCAAACAGGAUUCCCUCAGGGACAGAUGGCUGGAUGGAGUACGUUCCCAUCUCAGAGAAAAAGAACGUCAUUGCCUCACUGCAACUCAAAGAAGGUGGCCCCUUGGUGUAUGACAGUGUGCAGCUGGUGCAGAAUUCUGUGGCCUUGAACGGGAGCCAGCGGGUGCUGCUGGAUAAUGUGAUAACUGAAGAAGAGUGCUUAGAGCUCAGAAACUUGGCACAUGCGGUCACGCUAGCAGGAGAUGGCUACAGAGGCAAGAUGUCUCCACAUACCCCCAAUGAGAAGUUUGAAGGUGCCACUGUGCUCAAAACCUUGCAGUACGGAUAUGAGGGCAGAGUGCCGAUGAGAAGCGCUCGCCUCUUCUAUGACAUCAGUGAGCGAGCGAGACACGUUAUCGAGUCCUACUUCAUGCUCAACUCCACUCUGCACUUCUCCUACACACACCUGGUGUGCCGAACAGCCAUCACAGGCCAGCAAGACCACAGGAAUGACCUGAGCCAUCCCAUCCACGCUGACAACUGUCUGCUGGACCCUGAGGCCAACGAGUGCUGGAAGGAGCCACCAGCAUACACGUAUAGAGACUACAGUGCACUGUUAUAUCUAAAUGGAGAUUUUGAAGGUGGGGAAUUCAUCUUCACAGAAAUGGAUGCCAAAACAGUGACAGCGUCAGUGAAGCCCAAGUGUGGCAGGAUGGUGGGUUUCUCAUCAGGAGGGGAGAAUCCACAUGGAGUUAAGGCCGUCACCAGUGGGCAGAGGUGUGCUGUGGCUCUGUGGUUCACCCUGGACCCGCUCUUCAGAGAACUGGAGAGACUACAGGCAGAUGAGGUGAUCCAGGCUCUGGACUCGCAGUCUGUGUGGGGUCAGGGUCUCAACAUCAACCCUAAAGAUGAACUGUAGAAGCAGGAGAAAAAACCCUUCACCCAUUCCCAUCCCCUUCAAUGAAAGCCUUCUAUAUAUUUUAACUAUUUAUUGAAUGACCUUUGAAUCAGAACAUUUCUAGUUUUGUACUGUUUGAAGUGCAAGAUUGUCAUUUUUGUGUUGUCAGUUGUGUGUUUUUUUCAUGUUUCUCUACACACCAGUACUUGAGUUUACUUUUGGGGUUGUUUUUUUUUUUGUUUUGUUUUUUGUCUGUCCUUCCAAUGACAGCCUCCAGUUAAAAAAAGUCAAACUAACUUUGUUUUGCUGUUUAAGAGUGCUCAUACCUGUAAUCUCACUGAACUGUGAAGAAGCCAAAGAGAAGAACGGCAGUGGAGUUUAGGUUGUUCUUGUACCUUGUUCUGGGCGACAUAUUCAAUGGGUUUUACUCAAAAACACUAUGUAGAGUCAUUAAAAAGUACUUUAAUUUCAGUGGUCAGUAGUUCAAAAUAGUAUUAAUUUUCAUCUUCACAAAUAGUAUUGUUACAUAUGCUACAAACCUUACUAACAACUUUAUGUUAUUCCAUAAUGGGUUUUUUUUUGUUUUUUUAUUUCCGUGCCAGUAAUAUUUUUUUAUCAAAGUAGGCAGUGCACUGUUUUUCUAAUUUGGAUAUCUGAUUCAAAGGAUUUAAGAAAGAGAUGUGUUCUAAUAUGCUGAAUAUUUAAUGAUCAUGCACUCUGUCCUCCUCUGUGUGUUGAGUCUGAAACUGAAAAUGUCUUCUGUCAUUGCUUUGUCCACUUUUCCUCUUAUUGUUGUUGUUGUUGUUGUUGUUGUUGUUUUUGUGAUAAAUAACUCCCCUCUUGUCUGGGCACACAGAGCAGAAUACUGGUUUUCAUGUUCACUGAUGUGUGUGUUUUAUAUGUUACUUUUAUUUAUGUGUUUUUUAAUAAUAAUACACAGCUGCUGUUGUUAAUGUCAGCAUUUAAUAUGAGGAACUUUUGUCAUAAAAGAUGUCAAUCAUUCCUGUUUCAAGGAAUACAUAUUUGUACGGUCUUUUAAUUCUUUAUAUUUUUGUUGAGGACACAGAUGAUAGGCCGAGUCGUGCACUGUAAAUCCAAUGGAGAGAAUUAUAGAAGAGUAGCUUUGUUGUUUCUACAGAGAUUCAAACUGCUAACCAGAAACUUAGUCCUGUCGUUUUAUGAGGUUGGCCACUUUUGUUUCACUGAUAUUUAAUUAUGAAAUGCUGUAGCACAAAAAAAUGUAUGUGUACAUGCCUAUAAAUUAAAAAUAUAACAUCCAAUAUCUAUA